GCAAAUGAUUACAAAUAUGUAGCAAAAUGUUAAGUAUGCAUGUAGUAAAUAAUAUAGAUUUGCUUUAUAAACAAAUAGGUAGGUAAAAUGGAAGGAAAUGAGAAUUACAGAGAAGAGGUUGUUAUGGAAGAAAGUGGCAGAGCGAAUGAGAAUAAAAAAGGAGGAACCAAAGUUGCAACCCUCUUGUUAGUGAAUCAAGCACUGGCUACUUUAGCUUUCUUUGGAGUUGGAGUGAACUUGGUUCUGUUCCUAACUAGAGUUCUUGGUCAAGACAAUGCCGAAGCUGCUAAUAAUGUGAGCAAGUGGACAGGAACCGUUUACAUGUUCUCAUUGGUUGGAGCAUUUCUCAGUGACUCUUAUUGGGGUCGAUACUUAACCUGCACAAUCUUUCAACUUUUCUUUGUUCUCGGAUUGGCACUGUCAUGUUUGUCAUCAUGGCGUUUUUUGAUCAACCCAAGUGGAUGUGGUAAUGGCCAUAUUCCUUGUAAGCCAUCAUCAAUUGGAGUUAGCAUUUUCUACUUUUCUAUAUAUCUUGUUGCAUUUGGUUAUGGAGGACACCAACCAACCUUAGCAACCUUUGGAGCUGACCAAUAUGAUGAGAGGAAUCCAAAAGAGAGGAGUUUAAAAGUAGCUUUCUUCUGUUAUUUUUACUUUUCCCUCAACGUUGGAUCUUUGUUCUCCAAUACUGUAUUGGUCUAUUAUGAGGACACGGGGAAGUGGACAAUGGGUUUCUUUAUAUCAUUGAUCUCUGCUAUCAUAGCCCUUUUGACAUUUUUAUCAGGAUCUCCUAAAUAUAGAUACUUGAAGCCAUCAGGAAACCCUGUCGUAAGGGUUGCUCAGGUUUUUACAGCUGCUGCUAGGAAAUGGGAUGUUGCUCCAGCCAAGGCAGACAAACUUUUUGAGGUUCUGGGUUCUAGAUCUGCCAUCAAAGGUUGUAGAAAGAUUCUGCACAGUGAUGAUUUUCGAUUGAUGGACAAAGCUGCAACCAUUACAAAGAAUGAUGAUGAGCAGAUUGGAAACAAUCCAUGGAAGCUUUGCACAGUGACUCAAGUUGAGGAAACAAAAUGCGUGUUAAGAAUGCUUCCAAUUUGGCUAUGCACCAUUUGUUACUCUGUUGUAUUUACACAAAUGGCAUCACUAUUUGUUGAGCAAGGGGAUGUGAUGAACUCUAACAUCGGAGAAUUUCAUUUGCCAGCAGCCAGCAUGUCUGUGUUUGACAUCUGUAGUGUGCUAGUAUGCACUGUAAUAUAUCGCACAAUCCUUGUUCCGUUAGUAGGAAGAUUGAUUGGUAAUACAAGGGGAAUUAGUGAACUUGAAAGAAUGGGAAUUGGGUUAAUAAUUGCAAUGUUGUCAAUGGUUGCAUCAGGUAUGACAGAGAUGGUAAGGCUGAGAAAUAUAAUUCCUGGGCAGAAAAGAAGUUCAAUGAGUAUAUUCUAUCAAAUUCCACAGUAUGUUCUGAUUGGUGCUUCAGAGGUUUUCAUGUAUGUGGGUCAAUUGGAGUUCUUUAAUGGUCAAGCACCAGAUGGAAUAAAAAGUUUUGGGAGUUCACUUUGUAUGGCUUCAAUUUCUCUUGGAAACUAUGUGAGUAGCAUGCUUGUUCACGUGGUCAUGAAAAUCACUGCAAGAGGGAAUGACAAAGGUUGGAUUCCAGAGAACCUAAACAAAGGGCACAUGGAUAGGUUUUUCUUUCUUCUAGCAGGGCUAGUUGUUUUUGAUUUUGUGAUUUACUUGUUCUGUGCUAAGUGGUACAAGAGUAUCAAUGUUCAAGGUGACCAAGAGGAGUUGGAUGAUGAUGAUGCUCAAGUUAUUAUAAUUAAGUCGGCAUCCAAAGACCAACCUUUAACACCACAAGAAUAAUAUCCCAAAAACAAAAUAUACUAUUUUUUUUUUUUGAA